AUGACUUUCUGUGAUGAUAAAGUAAUGACAAUCAUAAUUUACAUAUGUAUUAAUCGAAAUCAUCCACUUUAUCCUUUAUUGGCUUUAUUAUUACAACAAUGUGAAUUGGCUACAGCUAGACCUGAUUCACCGCCUCCAUUAGAUACUUUUAAUACAGAAUUAAUUUCAUACAUUCAACGUCGAAUAGAAUUACAACAACAACAACAACAACAACCAGAAAGAGAUCAUAAUGAUGAAGAUGAAAUGAAUGAAUUAAAAUCGAAUUCAUUAAAAUUAAAUCGUGAAAAAUUAAAUAAAAAUAAUGAAAAAUAUAAAAGUACAGAAGAUAUAAUCAAUAUGAAUGAUAAUAGUAAUACUGUGAAAACUACUAUUUCUUCGAAAUAUAAUACAAAUCACUCAUUAACUAAUCAAAUUUCAACAACUACUAUAACAAAUACAAUAACACAAACUACUAAUGCUAUCUCAUCUAUCAAUACUACUAAUAAAACUAAUUCAGUAGCAAAUGUACGAAAUAUUAGUGAUUGUUUUUUAUCUAAUAAUAAUAAUGUAAAUAAUGAUAUAUCUACAAAUUUUGUAUAUAAUAAUAAUAAUGAUAAUAGAAAUCGUAAAUCAUUAAGAUGUGAUAAAUCAAUGGAUCAUAAAAAUAAUUCAAGUUACGUAACAAAUAAUGAUGUUGAUGAUCCUGAUACUGAUGAUGAAUUAAGAAAAUUGAAUUGUACAUUUAAUGAUGAAAGAAGAUUUCAAUUUUUAAGUAAUAAUACUGAAUUAAAUGAAUUAGUAAGUUAUCAAUAA